CUCAAUCUUUGCGUUCAUUUCAUUCCUGUUCCCAUUCCUGCUCUCAUUCCGCGCAUAUUUCGCAUCCCUGAAGAUACGAAGCCACUUUACACAUCCGGACCGCCCGAUCUAGCAAAAACAAAACCUGUAGGAGUUAGCCAAGAUCCUCCUGAUGCUGUAUCAACAUUAAUUCGCGGAGAAAGAGGGUGACAUAUAUUAUUAAGGAGACGUUUGAAUUAAGGUUUGCAUUUCGCUCUGACCAGAGGGGGGAAACAUUGGCUCACAUCAAUCAGAAGUCCAUUGGCCAGCGAUCACUGGUUAUUGUCUGCCCACAAAAGUUGUGUGCCCUAGCGUACCAUUUUUUUGCUUUGUCGGACACUAAGAAUUACCAGUAGAAGCAUAACAAAACAGCCUCCGUCCCCGGCCUUCACCCGCCCCAGUCCGCAGCACCGACGCCGUUUGGCAUCGCCAGUGCGUUUGGCCAGCGGUAGACAUUGGCCGGGUUUUGUAAGGCAGCGACCAUGGACCGCGGCAGCUGGAGUGGCAGCGAGAGUCCCGGGGAGGACAUGGACGGCCUCAGCGACUCCGGGGGAGACAAGACCAUGGACGGGGACCCCGAGGGGGUCUGGAGCCCAGACAUCGAGCAGAGCUUCCAGGAGGCCCUGGCCAUCUACCCCCCCUGUGGAAGGAGGAAGAUUAUACUGUCUGACGAGGGGAAGAUGUAUGGUCGUAAUGAACUCAUAGCAAGAUAUAUCAAACUCAGAACAGGCAAGACGCGGACCCGAAAGCAGGUGUCCAGCCACAUCCAGGUCCUCGCUCGCAGGAAAUCCAGGGAGUUUCACUCCAAGCUAAAGGACCACAGUGCUAAAGAGAAGGCUCUGCAGAGCAUCUCCGCCAUGUCCUCGGCCCAGAUCGUCUCGGCCACAGCCAUACACAGCAAACUGCUGCCCGGCAUCGUCAGGGCCAGCUUCCCUAGCAACGCACAGCUUUGGCAGGGCAUGAUUCCUGGAGGCCAGUCCAGCUCUACCACUGAAGACGUUAAGCCGUACUCUCAGCAAGCCUACCCGGUGCAGACAGCAGGGACCACCACCAUCUCAGGCUACGAGCCCACAGGGGCCGCCCAGACCCACCGGGAGCCCGCCUGGCAGGGCCGCUCCAUCGGCACCACCAAGCUGAGGCUGGUGGAGAUCUCCUCCUUCCUGGAGACGCAGAGGGAGCAGGAGGCGCCGUACAACAAGCACCUGUUUGUGCACAUCGGCCAGACCAGCCCCCGGUACAGCGACCCCAUGCUGGAGUACGUGGACAUCAGGCAGAUCUACGACAAGUUCCCAGAGAAGAAGGGGGGCCUGAAGGAGCUCUUCGCCAAGGGGCCGCAGGAAGCCUUCUACCUCAUCAAGUUCUGGGCGGACCUGAGCUACAACGUGCAGGAGGACCCCACGGCGUUCUACGGCGUCACCAGCCAGUACGAGAGCUCCGAGAACAUGACCAUCACCUGCUCCACCAAGGUGUGCUCCUUCGGGAAGCAGGUCGUGGAGAAGGUUGAGACUGAGUACGCAAGAUUCGAAAACGGCCGCUUCGUCUACAGGAUCAACCGAUCCCCGAUGUGUGAAUACAUGAUUAACUUUAUACACAAACUCAAACAUCUGCCCGAAAAAUACAUGAUGAACAGUGUGCUGGAGAACUUCACUAUUCUACUGGUGGUCAGCAACAGGGACACGCAGGAGACUCUGCUGUGCAUGGCGUGCGUCUUUGAGGUCUCCAACAACGAGCACGGGGCCCAGCACCACAUCUACCGCCUCAUCAAGGAAUAACCCGCCGUCCUCGGGGAACACCUCCACCGGGACACCCGGCUCUGAGCGGCCGACCCGGAGAUGUGUGUGUGAGGGAACGUGCGCUUCGUUUUCAAACCACUAACAUGGCGUCGGUGACUUCCCAGACGCAAGCCGGCUGCGAUUUCCCAACCGCUGCCAUUCCAAAACCCAGACGACCCAGCAGUCCACCUUUGACCGCAUUGACGACAGAACUCUAUGGCUGUAGUUUACCGAUUACCCGAGAAACGGCCUGCCGGACGCUAUGCCACUUUUGAAGACGGUUUCCUGACGCAGGGGAUUGUUGUUUGCGAAAGGGGUGCUGGUAACGCAGCCAUAAAUGCUCUACGAUCCAGGUCUGGUUUGUGCUGAUAUUACUUUGUUGGCUUUUUUUUGCGCUUCAGGGAAUGUGACGUUUCAGGUUUUGUGAAGACACAAGCAACUAGCCAUACGUGGCUAGUGUCGAUCCCAGUGGGCUGGCCUUAUCUCCGUCACAGUCGUUACUCCAUCCACUGCAACUUGUCUGCUAAGGGGAUGGCACUUCUGCGUAGGUAAAGACGAACAAGAAAGUCAAACAUGCCCGAGGCCCUCCUCACUCAAAGUGUAUGGUGUUGUGAGUGUGUGUGUGUGUGUGUGUGUGAGUGUGUGUGUGUGUGUGUGUGUGUGUGUGUGUGUGUGUGUGUGUGUGUGUGUGUGUGUGUGUGUGUGUGUGUGUGUGUGUGUGUGUGUGUGUGUGUGUGUGUGUGUGUGUGUUAACUGUGCGGACACUGAAACAAGAUUGAAGAUCAGACCCUAUGUAUCAUUAAUGAAGAGCUGUGGUAGAGAAUAACUUUAUUAACAGAGCUGUGGUGACGACAUUAUUGUUUGUGUAUGGAUAGCGGUGGUGUAUACUUUAAAGUUGUGAGGCACAUUCUUGCACAAAAAGGAUUAUCCCAAAGAAAUACACAACGUUUAUUGUAGCUUUUGCUUACAAAAACAUUCUAACAAGCAAACGUUGACAAGAAUAUAUAUACAAAUAUAUAUAUAAAUGUGUGUAUAAAACCCAUCUAAUUUUGUUACAAAUCUAUAAGAAUGAAUUAUUCCUACUCUUAAUAGCUACGCCCUGUUCUCUUUUGUUACUAGACCGAAAGCUAGUUAACUAAAUAUAAAAACUAUCAACCCCGAUUAAAUGUUACAUCCUAUGGUCACUCCCAUGGAGAAACACUGUGAUACAUGGCAAAAGGAUACACGUUCGUUGUUAUAAACUGAUUGGAGAAAUUCAAUGCAUUUCCUACACCUGCAAUAAUUAUACAGGCUCCUUAUUUAAAACAAAAUUUCCCCUCAUGGUUUCCCAUAACAUGGCACCAAAGAAAGAAACCAAUAUGUUAACAAUUCCCAACACACUGGCAGACAGACGAAGGCUUGCGUCACAUUGAUUGUAUCAUGGCAACGUCACCCUCUACAUUCCAUCCUAUUGUACGCCAGGUCGUCAUGCCAACAGCUCCCACAUGUUUAGAUCCUAUCAAUAUGGACAGAGAAUGUUUUAAUGAUGCAGUUUAUUAUAAUCAAGACUGUUGAUAUAUGAAAACACUUUGCCUUUAUUAAGAAAAAAAACACAAACGGAGGUUAUACAUACCAUCAAGUGCCUUCUGUUAGGAAACGCUUUUCAGGUGUUGCUGUAUGCUUUUGAAAACGCCUCAACUACAAAUCAACCCUUUAGAUGUUAACAUAAUAUUCAGAAACAUUCUCAGUAAGCUUUGUUCACAUGGAAAUGUUUUCUUUAAUGAUGUUACUGGUUCCACGUCCACCAUGUCCCCAUAGUUAUAGUUAUUGGUAUAUUCAUACCAUGUGGUUGCCAUAGGGUUAAAUAUGUAACUCCCGCCUUAAUACAAUAUUCCUGUGUGUAUAUAUAUAUGCUAAUUGGAUGCUCUUGCCAACCGUAUAAUGAAAUAUGUAACCUACUUGGAAUAUCUCAAUGCAAUAACAAGACCUCAUGGAGCCAUCCAUCGUGGCUAAUCCCUAGUAAUUGAAGAGAACGCGCUGAGUGCAUGGCACCUUUUACAGAACCACCAAGCCACAAUAAUAUGACUUUGCCUAGAUUUAAGAUGUUAUAAGAUUGAGGACAUUCCAUGGUGACAUCAAAUUUUCCUAAUUCACAGUUUAAUAUUGCCCGAACAAACACAGUUUAACACCUUUAAACAUUAACAAGACAGGCAGUCUUGUAGGCGCAUAAAGCAUCAUUGCUUUAUGUGCCUACAGAUCCAUAUUGAGAAUAUCUGCACCGGCAUUCCCUCGAAGGGGAAAUCAGUCCUAUUUACAAUGUGAAGUAUUCCUCAUUGUGGCAGCCUGAAUGUGUAAUGGCGGGCAGGUGUCAGGAUUAACACGGAGCAUAUAUUGAUGUCAUCCAGGAGCAUGGAAGCACAGUGAACACUGUAGCUCUGCGUCAUGUACCCGACGUGUGUGUAUUCUGCCCUGGCUCAAAUCGCUGGGCAUAGAUUCCUAUUAAUACUGUUUUGAAGCACCAUGAAUUGGUUGAAAUACAUUAUGUUAUAUACUGUGAAUGGAGAACUAGACGGGGUCUCCAACCAGACAAGUAGGUUGCUUGUCUGGACCGUGUCGCUUUAUCGACCUGUUUAAGGUAGCUCACUGCUUAAAUGGAGUCUGUCUGUCUGCCAUUACAUUACCACUCCACAUUAGAUAAUCACUGAAUAGCGAACACUAAAACGUAACAUAAUGAGCAGCUCUGCGUCGGGAUAUUAAGAACUAUAUAUAAGUUGGUUACAUUCUGUCUUAUCAGCAGAGUCUCUUGUGAGGACCAACAUCUGUAUGUCCACACAACAUGACGGCUAAUGUGCAAAAAAAAUGUAAGGCAAACGCGUUUGUCUGGUUUGGUUCAAGUGGAUAAAGCUGUAAUGUGUUGUGUGCUUUUCACAAGGAAAUUAAUCAUUAUCGUCUCUUGUUGUCCUUAACGUCUCGUCCCGUUUCGUCUCGAGUGCUAGUAGGUUGUAACUUUUCAAAACCACCUAUUGCCCAUUAUACAAAUUCUAUCUCUUAACUCCAAUAUGGCCUUGAAAGUACCUUUGCAGGAUAUGUUUUCUAUAAAUUACUUUGUAUAGAGGUGACAAUGUUUGGUACAGAUGUUGUGUAUAUCUUUGAUAUUAUAAUGUUUAUCCAAUUUUGAGAAGAAACAGAUGCGUUUAGGAUUGGUCUCUAUUGGUAUUGCACAGGGUCUGAUCUUUGGUUGGUUUAUAUGUUUUUGAUUUUUCUUCUUCAUGGCUAAAAGUAUGAUGUUAGAUAUUUUAUAGCUUUGUAGAAACUUUGUACGCAUAUGCUAUUCAAUUUAAAUAAACAGUCAUCUGUACACUU